AUGGACGAUCAGCCGCUCGCUUCGUUGUCGCUCACCCACGUCCGCUAUACGCCCGGAGACCCCAUAUCCUAUGCGUCAGCAUGGCUAGCUCUGGUGCCACAAGGACUCUGUGUGGUCUACGUGACGCUGAUAUGGGCAUCGCGGGAAGCCGAAGUCUUGCUCAUGUUCGCUGGCCAAAUGGCAUGUGAAGUGGUGAAUUUUGCACUGAAACGAUUGAUUCGAGAAGAACGCCCUAAACAAAUGACGGGCAAAGGCUAUGGCAUGCCCUCGUCACACUCUCAAUUUGUGGCCUUUUUCGCCAUCUCGUUAAGUCUAUUCUUAAUUUUCCGGCACGUCUGCGAUCCUUCAGAAAAUUAUUCGCCUACCACACGCACCGAGCGCCUCGUUUUAUCUUUCCUCGCGUGUAUGGGCGCUGGGGCGGUCGCUGCUAGCCGCGUUUACUUGAACUACCACACGCCAAAGCAAGUUUGGGUUGGGGUUGCUGCUGGGGCUAUCUUUGCGGUCAUCUGGUUUUUAUUCACGUCCUAUCUACGGCAUUAUGGGUGGCUUGAUUGGGCUUUGGAUCGUUGGAUAUGUAGGAGGCUGAGGGUCAGGGAUUUGAUUGUCACAGAAGAUAUCCAGGACGCUGGUUGGGGUAGAUGGGAAGAAAGGAGGAAGGAGAGGAAGGGGAGGAAUGCAACAGCCCAGCGCCGGAAAGCUAGGUAG